CCCAAGUGGCAUUUCCAACCAAGAGCGUACAAGAAUCAACACCCCCAACAAGAUGUUCCAGCUGAGAUCUGUUUGCCUGCUGCUUGCCUUUGCCCUGUUUGCCGUGUUCCUUGGCGGCACGGAGGCCCUGCCGCGGCCACAGGAGGAGCGUGACGAGGGCGGUGAGCUGGCGGUUGGCGCUGCGGCUGUCGAGGCGGACGAUAAGGAUCUGGAGGGUGCUGCAUCCCUUGGCUAUGGCUACUACUCGUCGCCCUAUUUGGGCGGUUACUACGGCGGCGGUGGCUACUGGCCGCACUACAGCGGCGGCUACUACGGACUGGGUGGGUACGGCGGCGGGUUGGGCUAUCCCUACUAUGGCGGCUACUACGGAUUGCAUCAUCAUCAUGGCCACUAUGGACAUUACUACUAACGAAGUGGAGUUCCAGCACAGCCUCAAUAGAGAUUUAGCAGCAGCAGCACCAGGCACCUAGCUUCAUCAUUAGAGCAAUAACAAGCGAGCGAAAGAGAGAGAUAUAGAGAUAAAUGUAUAGCAAAAAGAUAGAGAUAGAAUCCCAGCACUAGCCUCAAUAGCCAGAGACCAA